AUGCCCGGCAGACCAAAUGAUCUACGGCUCCCUAAACAGCACAAAAAAUUGUCUGGACCGUUGGUUAAAGCAUGCUGCGGAAUCAGAUAUUGCGUUCUUUCGUCCUCCCAAGUGACGUAUGGAUCAUCCCAAUUCGCGAUAAGCGAUCAACAGGCUCCGAUUGAACUUGUUAUUCCUGAGUUGACACACCAACUCGUGCUAGCAGGGUUUCGCCCGACACAAGUACUCAAAAAAGACGAACUUUGA